CCCAAUCAGGUGGCUUGGUUUUGUCCAACCUUCCUUUAGGCGCGCUAUUUGUAUUGCUCCAGAAUUUUAUAUUUUCUGAAGAAUCGAUACUAUUUUUGACGACGUAAUUUCAACCAAACUGACGCAGAGGGAUACAUCCGUCGCUGGAAGGAGUUUCCUGUGCCCAGUUUGAAGAAUGUCAAGAAGGGUGUAUCAGCCUAGUGGGUUGACACCACACCCAAGUCCUAAGAAGAGGCGAUGGACUGGGCAACGCACUGGUGGAAGAACACCCUGUCAGACAUUGAUGGAUCCAGGAAGUCUUGCAGCUAAUCUUUCUUUUCAUGACACUGGACACAAGAAGCCCCUUGGUUGGGAUGAAGCUGAAGUUGCGGCUCUUGUAGAGUAUGUGGCACUUCAUCACACAGUUCUUGAGGGAAAGGACUGGCCGUCCACACAUGAUGACACAUUCUGGGGAAAGUGUGCAGAGUUUGUGGCCAACAAAACGGGGAAAGCUGAGAGAACAUCCACCGCAUGCAGGUCAAACAUGAACCGACUGAAGAAGAAGCACCCUACACUCCACGAGGCAGAAGAACUCUACAACAUCAGAUACACCGACCUAGGGCAGAAAGAAAACCAGCCAGCUGCAACCACCACCACUUCCAAAUCACCAGCCACCUCGCUAGCAGAAAUCCAGUCUGAGUUCCACAACCUCACUCCAGCACAGCAAUGGGAUUGCCUAGACAACUUGUUUCGCCACAAGUUGGAGGCGAUGAAACCGUCCCUUCCUGUUUUCGUGCCACGUGACUUUCUAAAGCUGUCGGCUGCUGCCAUGAACACUCUCAAUACCAACAAGAGAGAGAACACACUAUUCCAUCUGGCCAGCGCACUAGGCACGCCGAGAGAGGAUGGCAGUGGCCCCCGGAUGCCAGUGGAUAGGAUGCCAUUCCCCAUGAUUGAGUACAACGCGAAGUUUUUCCACGUAGACCAUCCCGACUUAGUAAGAUGUCCAAGCGAGUAUUCAACGUACAUGGAGACUAUGUAUGCACACUUCGGCAAGAAAUGGGCAAACCUGCACUGUGGUCCAAGGUGGCUUGGUGGGACAGAAGAGGAGGAGGAAGAAGUAGGAGAAGAAGAAGGGGAAAGUGAGAAAGCAGAGAAGAGGAACCUGUUGAAGCGGGCUGGAUGCAAAGAAGUGGAUCUGCUUGCAGAGGCCAUGAAGGAGUUGGGGAGCAGCCUUGAUGUGGAGCCCCUUCCUGAUGGUGACCAGCUGCCUGCAGAGGCCAUGAGGGAGGAUGGGGACAGCCUUGGUGUGGAGCCCCUUCCUGCAGAAGUCCAGCUGCAUGCAGAGACCUCAGCUUCUCCAUCUUCUACACUGCCCUGGUUGGAACAGGAAAACUGGGCACAGGAUUUGUAUCCCUCUCAUUUAUCUGCUAUUUCACCUAGUCCUUGCCCUGCUUUAACAUCUACACCGAUCAAAUCCAAGUCAACCACUCAACGCUAUUCUUUUCUGUUUUCUUCAGCUUCACAGGCAGAAAGGAGGGAGCUGCAAGAGGGGCUACCUGCUGAGGAGCUGCAGAGGAUGCACAACAUCCGGCCUGCGGAGCAGAGGAAGUCAAGGGAUAGACUGAAGACCAUGGAUGCCAAGGUCAACAUUGCUGGGCUGUCAGAUAGGACCUUACGGCGCAAGAUUGCUAAAGCUCCCUUUGACACCACUGCUUCAAUCCAAGUGAGUUUCAUCAACCUUCUCUCUAAUUUGUGA